AUGAUGCACGAAAUUCACGACAAUGCUGGGGCAGAUGCAAACGACGUGAUGGAGGAAAACGAGGGCGGUGGGAGUGGGGAUGCCGAGGUCGAUAUGGACGAUUUCGGCUCCCUCUCAUUACCUCCUGACCUUCCUCCUUACUCGGGCGAUUAUAUUAUCAGCGACUACAUGGAACGCCUUGGAACACGUCUUAAUAUUUUGGAAACUGAAUUAAAAUAUGCAUGGCGGGCACUCGAUCUACUCAGCCAAGAAUAUGUAAGAAUGUGGGAUCGCUUAGAGAGACUAGAAACAUUGCUUGCUGAUCAACAAGGUGUAAUAUCGACUCUUCUCGAUUUCUAUGCAUGUCGCACUGUAACUUCCAGAGACCCUAUGUCUAGAUUAGAAGUUAUAAGAGAAAUAUUGGGUAAUGGUACGGUUGAAGAUGGUAUAGAAGAAGGCUUAGACAUUGGUCGGAGUGCAGUAUUACUAGAUCCUCAGGAAGAAGUUAUGGAGUCAAAUGAGGCAUUUUAUAGAAGCUUAAAUCAAGCUUAUAGAGAUGAUCUAGUGUGUGACGAAACUUCAAGACCAUCUUCACAAUUGGAUAUGAUCUGGGAAGCACCCGAAGAAACCGAUGUAGAAAUUAUUCCAACAACAUCAAGACAAAUUUAUAGUUCCAGUGAUUAUAAAAAUUACUGUGGAUUACAAGGAGGACCUGGUAUAAGUGAAAGAGACAUAGUUCAUUUAUCUACCUUAAGUACAAUAGAUCAAAUAACAGUAGAUAAAUUACAUGAAUUAGAUAGGUUGACAACCCAAUUACACAAAGAUUCGAGAGAGUUAAAAGACUUGAAAACAAGACUCCUUAGUCCGGAAACAAAACUAACAGCGAAACAUGACAGGGAUAUAGAAGCAAAAACUUUGGUUGAAGAUGGUAAUAUAAUUAACGAACAACUAAAAAACAUGUACGCAGGCGGAGAGAACUGGGGUAUUAAUGAUAUGAUGAAGAGUUUUGAUGAUUUUAUUUUAGGAUUACCAAAAGAAAGUAAUAUGAGGGAUAAAUCUCCUUCAAGGCUAUCACUUGCUGAACAUAGUGCCGCAGAUAGGACAUUAGAAUACUUACCACCAACUCUGUCUCCUCGAAGAAAAUUUGUGCCUGAAAGAACUACAACAGAGCCUUAUACAACGGUAACGGGUCGAUUGGCAUAUAGUUCAGCAGUAGCCAACGCUGAAAUAGCAGCAAAGUCAUCUAAAUCACCUAGUGCGAUUUCCAGAGAAAGAUUUGAUUAUAGCUCACCAUAUCAAGUUGAUCCAUCGAGACAAAACUAUUUUUCCACUAAAAGUACAACGCAAACUUUAAAUGAAAUAUAUAAAACAACGGAACAAAGCUCUCCUUUAUCUGUACAAGAUAUAUAUGAUGAACCUGCAGAUAGUAGACUUGAAAUGAAUUAUGAAGAAAACAGGUUGCGAAAAUCUCCAAGUCCACCGCCACCAGCACCUCCUAAUGGUGUUGACAUUUUUCCAUCAAUUGAAAAUAAUAAUGAACUACUGUCAACACACCAAUCUAUGAAUCUAUCGACGGGUAGUGCAAUUCCAUCAGAUAAUUUACGACUAAGCCCUCGUUCACCUAAGUCUCCUAAAACUUCCCCAAAACAUUUAAAAAGAGAUAGUACCAAUAUUGUAGCAGCAAAAUCAGAUUCUGGAUUAUCGUCUAUGAGUGGUUGGUCCAGUUUAGAAAAAAGUCCAGGUUCGCCAAAAACAGGGAGAGUUAGUCAUUCUGUUCAUGAAAGUCAUAAGAUAAGAAUUCCUUCCCCACAGUCCGUUCAAAGAAUGACUUGUGAUAUAGAUUCCAAACCUUAUUUAGAAACUUUAGUAGAUUCAUACCAGUAUGAGGAUAAAAGUAUCAAAAGAGAUUAUAACUUACGUAAAGGUGACAGCUUUAAAGAUUCUUCUAUAGAUAUAAAUAGGUUACAGGAAAAAAUGGAUUCUAGUUUUUUUAAAAGUGAUAUUCCAUAUUCAAUACCUAGUCAAAAUACACUUAAUAAUAUAGAGUAUUAUUACCAAAAUGAAGCACCUUCAAUAUAUUCCGUUGCUGGAAAUAGGCAACCAAUUUUCACUACUGUGUAUAGUACACCAAGAGGUAUGCUUACUGAAGAUACACAUUUUUCCGAGUUAUUAGAUAGAAAUGAAAUUACGGAAUCGGUUCCUAAGCAAACAAUUGACUCCUAUCCACCUGAGCCUAGUUAUCAUGCUCAAACUGUUGUUAUGUCUUCUUCAAACAUAAAUAAAAAACCAUUAACGAGGGCAAAUACAAUGGGAGCUAAUGAAAUACAUUUUCAUCAAAAUGGAUAUAAAGCAAAUAAUCAUCGUUCCGGAUAUCCACCUGGAAAUCUUACUGAUGCACUUUCUUACUAUCCAACAUCUAGUAGAUAUGACUCUCCGAAAAGAAUGCCUAUGGAAGAUCAAAUAGCUUGGCAAGGAAAUCGAUCGCCGACUAGUUCAAUGGAAACAUCUAGUUUAAAAUCACAUUCCCUUAACAUAACAGAAAGAAAACAAUUUCAAAACCAAUUACAACAAGAAUAUUUUAAGCAACAACAGUAUGAUCAACGAAAUGGUAAUGCAAUAAAUGAAGACCAAGAAUACGAUAAACAAAUCAUAGAUCACUCCAUGGCAAGAAAAGAACAAUAUGUAGAUUCAACCGGAGUGUUAGUUUCAGAAUCAGGUUACUUAUCUAUAUCAUCAAAUCUUAGGGGGAAAACUCAAGACAAACAGUCAAAGAAACCAAAACGUACCUCGUCUUUAAAAUCUGCUAUGUCAUCUGUAACUCAUUGGCUCCCCGAUCUGCAUUUACCUAAAAAACACAGAUCACACUCAUUGCCUUCAGGAGUUGACACAGUUGAGCAAGCCCAGCAAGAAAAAACUCUGAAGGAAAGAAUAUUAUCUGCUCAAAGACGCAAGAAAAAAUAUCAUUUGGUCGCCUCAAUGUCAGGACUAUUACAAAAAGCUAGAAGAAAGCAGCAAGCAAGCCAUCAAUCCUUAUCAGACCCAGAAACCUCAGAAACAGAAUGGUCUGGUGGUAGAUCUAGUGCCCAGUCGGAAGAUAGUGACAGUGUAUUCUCUGACUCUACACACGAAGGAAAUGUAUUUGCAAAAGUACCAGUUAAACCUAAACAACGAAAAAUGAAUAAUCAAGAAAUAAUCGAACAGCAACAAAUGAUUCAAGAAUUACAAAAACAAGGCGUGGAAUUUCAUGAUGAAGAUAAUGAACGUAUUAUAGAAGAAAAUGACAAAUUUCAAACAAAUGCAUUACCACGAGAUAAGAGCGAUGAUAUCGAUUUCCAUUUUGCUCGUGUAAGCCAAAUGAAAAAAGAUGACAUAACAGAACUUGAAAAACUAGAUAUUGAUACUGAUAUAUCUAAUGUUGACCCAUUUGAAGAGGAUGUGAAGGAAGAUAAUCGUUCUCCUGCGUCUUUAUUUGCUACCGUUGGAGACGUUAAAAAAGCAUCUGCAUCUCUAGACGAGGGUGUAAUUGAAAAUAAUACAUCUUAUAGUGGAAGCUCUCAAGAAUUUGCAGUUUCUAGAGCUUUAGGUAAAUAUCGCUUACGUAAGUCAUCAUCCGUAUCUGACGAUCAAAUGUCCGAUACAUCUCCACCAAAAAUCGAAACAAAUAUACCAGAAGAACCAGCACAUCUACCAAGACAGAAAUUAAAGAAAUCAGCUAAAUCUAGUCCACCAGAAAUAAUAAGUAGUUCAGCACCUGAAGAAUCGAUGUCCUUUUCUGAGCACAGUCCAUCAAUUCAAAGCGCUCGUGGUUUACCCAAUAAAUUUCAACCACGCCAACAGCAAAGCUUGGAUAUACCAAAUAAGCACGACGACGAUGACAGUAAAAGUACUCAUUCUUGGCGAAGUGGUUCAAGAGUAUCUUCUAGACGUCAAAGCACAGAAGAUAGUAUAGACUCCGAGGAUGAGUGGUAUUGUUAUGAAUUAAGAAAAUUAGAAGAAAUGGAACAUCAGUCUCAGCUAGAAGCUGAAAGGGAACAAACACUAGAAGAAGAACCUGAAAUUGAAGAGGAACCGGUUGAACCGAAAGAAGACUUAAAAGAAAAAAUGUCUUUUGUGUUGAGAGAGUUAAAACUUAAAACUGCAACAAUCAAAGUAAAGUGUGAUGAAACACCACAGGAAGAGACUUGGAAAGAAGUGACAACAUUCCCGGUAAUGGAUGAAAAAAUUGAUGAUGAUUUGCACACAGAAGAGGAAUCAGACGAUGACAAGUCUUAUGCGGAUUCAGGUUCUGGGGAAACAUCUGGUCCUGACAGUCCAGUGCAAAGUGGUGAUGAGUUUGAAGAAGAUUAUGAUGCACCUGAGCAGCAAUCCCAGAAACCUAUUCAGGUUAAACCGCCACAACAGCAAGAGGCCCCAGUAGGAAGUAAAUGGAAGCUACUAAAAGCAUUAAAGGAUCGAAAAGCAGAAGAAAAGACAACUGAAACGCCUGCAGCUACUACACCAUCGACGGAGAAGGACAAAGUUAGCGCUGGUAAUGGCACCGGCGGUUUUAAUGACCAAGGCGGACGCGGAAAUGGGCACCCUGGCGAUAAUCCAUUUUAUAGUAAUAUCGACAGCAUGCCUGAUAUUAGGCCGAGGAGAAAAUCCAUCCCUCUCGUAUCCGAACUUGUUCUCAAGACGAUGGCUGCAACUAAAAGGAACGCAGGUUUGACAUCGGCUGUUCAUCGAGCUACGUUGAAUGAUGAAGAAUUAAAAAUGCACGUUUACAAGAAGACCUUGCAAGCCUUAAUAUACCCAAUAUCCUCAACUACGCCUCAUAAUUUUGUACUAUGGACGGCCACAUCACCGACUUACUGCUACGAAUGUGAAGGUUUACUCUGGGGAAUUGCAAGGCAAGGAGUUAGGUGCACAGAGUGUGGUGUCAAAUGCCACGAGAAGUGUAAAGAUUUGCUCAAUGCCGAUUGUCUACAGAUGUGUUUCGCAGGGGCUGCUGAAAAGUCUUCGAAACACGGCGCCGAAGACAAAGCUAACUCAAUUAUAACUGCGAUGAAAGAACGAAUGAAACAGCGAGAACGAGAUAUGCCAGAAAUUUUCGAACUUAUCAGACGCGUGUUCAGCAUCGAACCAGAGGGACAUUCGGCACACAUGAGCACCGUGAAGCAGUCCGUCCUAGAUGGCACCUCGAAAUGGAGCGCGAAGAUCGCCAUCACAGGUUCGGAGAUGUGUCGUGGUUUUCUUUUUCAGAUCCGUUUGCAGAUAUCCAGGCGGACUUUUAACGUCGACCCCGACACUCACAUAGACAGCCUCGAACAGGCCGAGCAAAUCACUAUUGAAGGGACUUCGAAAUGGUCCUGCAAAAUCGCCAUCACAGUUAUCUGCGCUCAGGGGUUGAUAGCUAAAGAUAAAAGUGGAACAUCAGACCCGUACGUAACCGUCCAAGUAAGCAAAGUCAAGAAGAGGACCAGAACUAUGCCUCAAGAGCUCAAUCCAGUUUGGAACGAGAAAUUUUACUUUGAAUGCCACAAUUCUUCGGAUCGGAUAAAAGUAAGAGUUUGGGAUGAAGACAACGACUUGAAAUCUAAACUUCGACAAAAGUUGACGAGGGAAUCGGACGAUUUCUUGGGUCAAACCAUAAUUGAGGUACGGACACUAUCAGGUGAAAUGGAUGUGUGGUACAACCUAGAAAAGAGAACAGAUAAGUCAGCAGUAUCGGGAGCUAUCAGAUUGCAUAUCAAUGUUGAAAUAAAAGGAGAGGAAAAAGUAGCCCCCUAUCACGUUCAGUUUAAAUUAAGGUUUAAAAGCUUACAGGAAAGAGUCAUUGAAGCAACUAAACUAGCU